AUGUCAACAACAACAAUUGAGCUAGCUCCACAAGGGCUACAGGAGUCACAGAGCCCAGUUCAACCAUUCGGUCCAAGUACCGAAGAGGCAAUCGUACAACAGAAGCAAAAGUGGAAUGAUCCUCCCAUCAAUAGAUGGCGUCUUUUGGCUACAUUUAUCAGUUUCACAGUUGUGGGGGCAAAUGAUGGUGUUUACGGAGCCCUCGUCCCAUAUCUUCGCGAAGACUAUAAAUUGUCUACCACCGUGGUCUCUUUGAUCUUCGUGACUCCGUUUGCCGGGUAUACGAUAGCCACGCUCAUUGUCAACAAGAUUCAUAUGACGCUUGGACAGCGAGGGAUUGCGAUCAUCGGUCCUCUAUGUCAUAUCAUUCCAUAUGUGAUAAUGGCCAUUCAUCCGCCUUGGCCGGCAAUGCUGGCUGUCUACGUGAUCGUCGGCUUGGGCAAUGGCCUCAUUGACGCGGCAUGGAAUUCCUGGAUUGCUGAUAUGGCUAAUGCGAACGCCAUGAUGGGGGUCCUUCAGGCAUUUUAUGGUCUCGGGGCAACCAUAAGUCCACUGGUAGGGACUCAGGUGAUCAAGUCCGGCCUUCGCUGGAAUUAUUUCUACUAUACACUGCUUGGUGGGUCCGUUCUAGAACUAAUGGUGAGCUCUACUCUGUUCUGGAAAGCAAACGCGGUUAGCUACAGGGCCACGAAUCACAGAAACUCCGACAGUGGCGAUGGGAGCAGGACUACAGAGGCUAUGAAAAGUCCUAUUACCUGGCUAAUAGCAGUUUGGCUGUUCGUGUACAUGGGAGUUGAAGUGUCGGUCGGUGGCUGGGUCGUGGACUUCAUGGUUCAAGUUCGUCAUGGCGCGCCCUACCAAUCUGGCCUGAUUCCAACCGGCUUUUGGGCUGGUGUCACCGUGGGCCGUCUUGUACUCGGCUUUGUGAAUGACUGGUUGGGAGAACGAAUUGCUAUCAGCAUUUAUCUUGUGAUCUCAAUCGCCCUAGAGCUUAUCUUUUGGCUGGUGCCACAGUUUGUCGUAUCUGCAGUGGCGGUCUCGCUGCUUGGCUUCUUCACUGGCCCUCUAUUUCCCGCAGCCAUUGUUGUGGCGGCUAAGCUGCUCCCCAAGCACCUACAUACCCCCGGCAUUGGACUUGCAUCGGCUUUGGCUGGUGGAGGUGGAGCAAUACUGCCAUUUGUUGCCGGUGCUAUAUCCGGGGCGCGCGGUGUACAAAGCCUGCAGCCGUUCGUUCUCGCGUUGUUGGUUGCAUUGAUCGCCAUAUGGGUGCUGCUCCCACGGAACAAGCAUCAUGCUCACGGCGUCUGA